AUGGACGUUCGUCACGGGCGUGGGGAGGCCAGUCCCGGCAACCCCAGCCCGGGAGGCGGGCUCCUGCCCGACAGCCGCAAGAUCAGGAAGGAGGUCCAGGCCUUUGUGUCCUCCCUCCCCCUCACAGCCAUCAAGAAUGCCCAAGACUCCAGCGAGCUGGCGAGCGCUGUGUCGUCUCGCCUGUACCGCUCGGAGCUUGGGCGCAUGGAGGCCCAGUCCCAGCUGGAGGACUGCCCCUGGAACGGCGUGGCGCAGCCGGGGACGAAGAUCGCCGCCCUGGAGAAGGUGGUGGACGCGAUGCGGGGGGCGGCGAGCCCCAGCGCCAUCCCCGCCCCACCGCCCCCGCCCGCGCGAGGAGGUUGCGCCGGCGCUGAGCCAGGGGACCUGGGCCAGGCGCUGGCAGCGCGCCAGGCGCACCUGCUGCGCUGCCGCGCCGGCGGGGCGUCCCUGGCGUCCUCGGCGGAGGGCAGCGUCGCCUCGCGUGCCGAAGGCGGCGAUGGAGAGGAGGAGGGCGGCACAAUGUACGACGCGGAGGCGCGCGUAAGGGACGCUGAGGAAAGGACGCGCGCGGCUGAGGCCCAGCUGGAGGCCGCGAUGGGGGAGGUCGCGCGGCUGCAGGCUCUUGCUGGAGAAGUUGGCGUGGCGCAGGCCCGGGAAAGAGCGGCGGUGGAGAGGCUGGAGGCCUGCCAGCAUGAGCUGGAGGCGUGCAGGCACGAACUCGAUGCAAGCAGGGAGGGUGCCCGCGAGAGGGGGGCAGCCCACGCCCAGGAGACUCAGGAAUUGCAGGCUCGGCUGGAGAGGGAGACACGGGAGCUGGUGGCCACCCAGGCGCUGCUCAUGGCAAGGGCGGGAGGCGAGUCGGGGGGCAGCGCCACCUCCUCCCCACCCGGAGCCCGGCUCAGCCACCUGCGCGCGAGCGGCGAGGACAUGUCGUCGAACAGUGGCAGCGGCGGCAUGCAGGAGGCCCUGGCCUCCUAUGAACAAGCGCUGCAGUCUGAAAAGGCGGCCACGGCCAAGGCCCUGGAGGAGCUGCAGGCCAGACACGAGGAGGAGCUGGCGGCUCUGAGGCUGGAGCAGGAGCAGAGGCUGCAGGAGGUGGAGCUCGGGUACCUCGCGGAGCUGGAAGAGGCGCAGGGCCUGCAGCAGCAGCGAGAUCUGGCGCAGCUGAAGGAGGAGCACGCCGCGCAGCUGUCGGCCCAGCGCGCAAAGCAUGCCGCUCAGGUGUCGGAGCUGGAGGCGGCGCUGACCGCGCUGCGCAGCCAGGUGGAGGCGCUGGUGGCCUCCGACCGGGGCAGAGGGGCGGGCGGGGAGCGUGCGUCCGCGGCGGCCACCACCCCGCGAGCCUCGCAGCACACCGCCGGCGCCGAGUCGCUGCGCCUGCCCGGCGGCAGCUGGAGGGGGGCCGCCCUCGCGGAGUGCCAGGAUAUGGUGGAUGAGCUGCAGGCCUUUGCGGAGCAGAAGAAGGCCGAGGCAGCCCAGCUGGCAGAGGCCCUCGAGGGCGCCAACGCGGGCCAGCGCGAGCUGGGCUCCCGCCUGCGCGCCAGCGAAGCGCUGUUGGCGGAGGCCCAGGCCGCCGCUGCCGCCGCCGCGUCGCGGGUGGAACGCGCGGAACGCCGCGCCGCGGCGCUGGGCGAGGAGCUGGCGGCGCUGCGCCAGAUGCACGACGCGCUGCAGUCGGAGCACACGGGGGCCUGCGGCCAGCUGGCCGCCACGCAGACGGGGCACGAGCUCGCCAUGCGCCAGAUCGCCGACCUGGCCGCGCAGCUGGCCACCGCGCGGGCCGAGGCGGCGAGCGCGGCCGCGGAGACCGCGCGGGCGGGCGAGCCGCGCGCUCGGCCGUCGAGGCAGGACGGGGAGCUGGCCGACUACCUGCACUUCCCCUCACCGAGCGUGGAUGGCACGCCGCGGGCGCCGGGGUCCCUGACCCCGGCCUGCGAAACCCCCCACUCCGCCAUGAGCCAGGAGACAUCCUGGUCCGACACGGUGGUGGAGCUGGCGCCCAGCGCCAUGCAGCGCAAGAAGUCCAAGGGCGCGCUGCACAAGCUGGCCAAGAUGCUGCGUGGCGGCGGCCGCUCCAAGAAAGCCAAGGAGGCUGCGGCGGCCGCGGCGGCUGCGGGCCCCACGCUGCACCGCCUGUCCAACGGCCAGACCGACGCCGACCCGGUGGAGGGCGCAGGCGAGUCGCGGGACGCCUCGCCGAUUCAGCCGCCGACGCGCGGUCUGGCGCUGAAGCGCGCGCCGCCGCUGCUGCGCACCGACGCGCCGCUGGUGGAGGAGGCGGAGCUGUCGGCGCGCCUGCAGGCCUGGCACAAGGGCCAGGGCUGGCAGGCGGCGCCGCUGGGCGACAGCUGGCAGCUGGCGGCGGGGCGGGAGUCGGUGGAGGACCUGGCGGAGGAGCGCGCGCAGCGCUACAGCAGCGUGCACAGCAACGCGCUGUACAUCCGGGCAGACCCGGGUCGGUGA